GCGCAGCGGGGUUGCCGGAAGAAGUGGCGAAGUUACUUUUGCUUUUCGCUCAGCAAGCGCUGUUGCUCCGAGCUACUCCCAGGCUCCUGAAGUUACUUCUGAAGUGCUGUGGAGGAGCAAUCACCAGUGCGGACACAGAGCUCCCGCCUCCCACACCGUUUCCAGGGCAACGGAGUAGGCGACCCCCCCUGCGCCCCCCUCAGGAUCGCCGGUGCAGUCAUGAGCCCCGCCUCCCCCUGGUGCACGGAGAGGGGCGGGGCCUGGAACGAGGCUGCUUCGUGACCCACUAUGUCUUCCCCCACAAGUUCUCUGGACAUUCCCGUGCCUGGGAAUGGUUCUCCUCAGCCCAGCACCUCCUCCACUUCACCCACUAUUAAGGAGGAGGGGCAGGAGACUGAUCCCCCUCCAGGCUCUGAAGGGUCCAGCUCUGCCUACAUCGUGGAUCUUUCCCUUGGCGUUGCAGCCCUGUCCUCUCACCCUCGCUUCGGGACUUCCCAUGGCCUGUUCCCAGGCUGCUGUUUCUCUUUGUCGCUAUCUCUCAUGGCAUCUGCUCACCCCAAGUCAUCUUAGAGCCAGAGGAUGAGCCCGAGCGCAAGCGGAAGAAGGGCCCGGCCCCGAAGAUGCUGGGCCACGAGCUGUGCCGCGUGUGCGGGGACAAGGCCUCGGGCUUCCACUACAAUGUGCUCAGUUGUGAAGGCUGCAAAGGCUUCUUCCGGCGCAGCGUGGUCCACGGUGGGGCCGGGCGCUAUGCCUGUCGGGGUAGCGGAACCUGCCAGAUGGAUGCUUUCAUGCGGCGCAAGUGCCAGCUCUGCCGGCUGCGCAAGUGCAAGGAGGCUGGCAUGCGGGAGCAGUGUGUGCUUUCUGAAGAGCAGAUCCGGAAGAAAAAGAUUCAGAAGCAGCAACAGCAGCAGCCACCACCCCCGCCUGAGCCUGCAUCCGGUAGCUCAGCCCGACCUGCAGCCUCUCCUGGCACUUCGGAAGGGACUGGCCAGGGCUCCGGGGAAGGAGAGGGCAUCCAGCUGACAGCCGCUCAGGAGCUGAUGAUCCAGCAGUUAGUCGCCGCGCAGCUGCAGUGCAACAAACGAUCUUUCUCCGACCAGCCCAAAGUCACGCCCUGGCCCUUGGGUGCAGACCCUCAGUCCCGAGACGCUCGUCAGCAGCGCUUUGCCCACUUCACUGAGCUGGCCAUCAUUUCAGUCCAGGAGAUUGUGGAUUUUGCCAAGCAGGUGCCAGGGUUCUUGCAGCUGGGCCGGGAGGACCAGAUCGCCCUCCUGAAGGCAUCUACCAUCGAGAUCAUGUUGCUGGAGACAGCCAGACGCUACAACCACGAGACAGAGUGCAUCACGUUCCUGAAGGACUUCACCUACAGCAAGGACGACUUCCACCGUGCAGGCUUGCAGGUGGAGUUCAUCAAUCCCAUCUUCGAGUUCUCGCGGGCUAUGCGUCGCCUGGGCCUGGACGACGCGGAGUAUGCCUUGCUUAUCGCCAUCAACAUCUUCUCAGCCGACCGGCCUAAUGUGCAGGAGCCCAGCCGUGUGGAGGCACUGCAGCAGCCCUAUGUGGAGGCUCUCCUCUCCUAUACGAGGAUCAAGCGGCCACAGGACCAGCUUCGCUUCCCACGGAUGCUCAUGAAGCUGGUGAGCCUGCGCACCCUCAGCUCCGUGCACUCUGAGCAGGUCUUUGCAUUGCGGCUCCAGGACAAGAAGCUGCCGCCCUUGCUGUCCGAGAUCUGGGAUGUGCACGAGUAGGGGCCGCCACAAGCACCCCAGCUUUGGUGGUGUCUUCUUGCAGACGGACGCUUUGCCUUUCCUCCUGGGGUGGGAGGACACUGCCACGGCCCAGUCUCACGGGCUCAGCCUCAAGCUGAGCGACAGUUGGCACUAGAAGGCCCCACCCCACCCACCGAGUCUUCCAGGAGCGGUGAGGGUCACAGGUCCCUAGCCUCUGGUCUUUCCCAGCUGCCCUCCCAUCCAAGCUUACACCUCAGCCUACCACACCAUGCACCUUGAGUGGAGAGAGGUUAGGGCAGGUGGCUCCCCACAGUUGGGAGACCACAGGCCCCCUCUUCUGCCCCUUUUAUUUA